AUGAAAGGCGCUCAUUCCUUGCUAUCUCCCAUUGCAAAGAGAUUAGCAGGUAAGGUUGCCUUAAUAACCAGAGGCGCUAAUGGAAUUGGCGAGAGCACUGCAAGACUGUUUGCUCACCAUGGUGCUAUGGUCAUCAUUGUCGACGUCCAAGACGAGCUUGGUCACGACAUAGUUAAUAGCACCAACGUCGAUGCCAUUUCCUAUGUUCACUGUGACGUCACUAGGGAGUCGAAUGUUCAAAAUGCUGUCAAUAUUGCGGUCUCAAAGCAUGGGAAACUCGACAUAAUGUUCAACAACACUGGGUGUUCGGAUCCAGCAGAGGCGAAAAUUACAGCCUUCGAACAAGAGGCCUUCAACAAAGUUAUUAGCUUGAAAGUCCUGGGAUCAUUCCUGAGGGCCAAACACACAUCCAAAGUAAUGAUUCCGGCAAAAAAGGGAAACAUUCUAUUCAAUGCAAGCUAUGCAUCAAUGUCAUAUGGAGCAACCUCACACAUCUACACGGCAUCGAAGCAUGUGUUGGUAGGAUUGACCAAGAAUUUGUGCAUGGAGUUGGGGCAAUAUGGAAUUAGAGUAAAUUGCAUAUCACAGAGCCUGCGCCAUCCAAUACCCCCAAUCAAAAUCGCUGAUGCUACUGCCAAGAACCACCCCUUGGCCUAUAAAUAG